UCUGGGCCUUCCAUCCUCCCCUAUUGACCAGACUUCCUCCUGCCUUCUGAGGAGGGAAGCAGUGGCCACCCGGGCACCACUUCUGUGAACAGGCCUAGAGCCUCCCAGCUCCAUCCCAAGAGGCAACAGCCCCCAGGAUGGACAUGAGGCCACCUCAGGGCCACAGCCUGAAUCAGCUCCUGUUCCUACUAGCCCUUCUGGGAGGAACCCAGACUGACGCAGCCUCCAGCUACUAUGGGAUCCCUGGAAUUCCUGGGCUGCCUGGAAUACCAGGGAAAGAUGGGAGAGAUGGGGUGAAGGGGCCCAAGGGGGAACCAGGGAUACCGGCCAUUCCUGGGACACGUGGGCCCAAGGGCCAGAAAGGAGACCCAGGACUCCCAGGUCACCCUGGGAAGAACGGUCCCAUGGGGCCAGCUGGACCCCCUGGAGAUCCAGGCUUCCAAGGUCCGCCAGGACAGCCAGGAACCCCUGGCCAAUAUAAACUGAAAUACCAGUCGGUAUUCUCAGUGACACGGAAGACCCAGGAGCACCCAGAAUCCAAUAGUUUGGUCAAGUUCAACACAGCCAUCACCAACCCUCAAGGGGACUAUAACUUGGCCACAGGCAAAUUCACCUGCAAGGUGCCAGGCCUCUAUUACUUUGUCUUCCACGCAUCCCAAACAUCCAACUUGUGCCUGGCCUUGUACCAGAGCGGCACUAAAAUGACCACCUUCUGUGACCAUACAUCCAACAGAAAGCAGGUCACCUCCGGUGGGGUCCUGCUCCACGUGACAUCUGGCCAGGAGGUGUGGCUGGAGGUCAACGAUUAUAAUGGCAUGGUGGGUGUCGAGGGCUCUGACAAUGUCUUCUCUGGCUUCCUGCUCUUCCCAGACUAGGGACCUCAGGAGAACUGGUCCAGCUUUAGCCACCUCCCCCCAUCAGUUCCCAAGAAUAAGUCUUCCACCUUUGCUUGCCUCAUUCUCUUUCUCCUCCAAGUAGAAUGGAAGCUCCUUGAGGACAAGGCUGUUUCAUUUCUUUACUUUGUAUCUCCAGGUCUCCACAACUAGUAGGAACUUCAUAAAUGCAUGUCAAAUGCCCGGAGGGUUCUCCUUCCUCCCUACCUCUCCACCCAGAGCUCUUUAGGUCUCACUUGUCUCUGAAGCUCAUGUUGACUUGACCAGCCUACAUCAGUCUCUCUCUCCUAUGCUUGGAGCAUAGCCUAGCCUAAGUUGUGGGUAACUGGUCACUCUUGCCUCCACAAUUAGGCUGGGCGCUUCUAGACAGCAGGGACCAUCAUCCCAGAACUCUUUAAUACUUCUGCAAUGUGCCUGUGUACACGGUAACGUUCAAUAAAUGUUGGUCAUGCCGAUAAUGCCUAGAAGCUCUGAGCCCUCUGGAAAGCCAUGCUGGAAAUGAUCAAGGGUCCUUGGAUGUCAAGGAAAAUUAUUUGUACAUUGGGUUCUUCUUCAAAAAAUCUCUGGGAGUUUAUUUGUUUUUUUCUGCCAUCAUUAAAGUUAUUAGUAUCAAA